AUGUCAGGAUGUGUAAUCAGUGACAAACCUGGCAACCACAACUUUGAGCUUCUGAAGAAGUUGGUUCUUCCCGAUGGAUCGAUUCUCAGGGCCCAAUUGCCUGGACGGCCCACAUUGGACCGUCUUUUUGUCGAUCCAGCCAGAGAUGGAACUAGGUUUUGUGAUCAUCAUCGUCAUCUUCAUCUAUUGCCUUUUUACCCUUUGAACCAAUGCAAUAAAAUCCACUUCCAUAUUUUUUUUGUGUGCAGCUUGCUUAAGAUUUGGAACACGAACAAGUUUUCUGGGGUUGUCGGAGUUUUCAACUGUCAGGGUGCAGGGUGGUGCAAAGUGACCAAGACAACACGGAUCCACGAUGCUUAUCCUAGUACUCUUACAACCUCUGUUCAAGCCAGUGACGUUGAUACCAUAGCUCAAAUUGCUGGACAAAAUUGGAAAGGAGAUACUGUAGUUUAUGCCCAUAGAUCAAGGGAAUUAGUUCGUCUGCCAGAAGGGGCUUCAUUGCCUGUGACGCUUCAGGUUCUUGAAUACGAACUCUUCCACUUCUGCCCUGUGAAGGUUGUUGCAGAAGAGAUUUCCUUUGCACCUAUUGGUUUGCUCGACAUGUUCAACUCUACUGGCGCUGUGGAGCAGUUUGAAGUCGAGAAAACCAAUGGUGGUUCCGAACCUUUAACUGGAAAACGUUUGCCUGUGGUGACAAUCAAACUCGAGGUUAGGGGAUGUGGGCGGUUCGGGUUCUACUCUUCUCAAAAGCCAAUUAUAUGCACUGUGGACAAAAUCGAGACUGAGUUCAACUAUGAAGCUGCCACUGGAUUAGGGACUCUGACCAUCUCAGUUACAGACGAGAAAAUAUAUAGAUGCUCGGUUGAAAUCCAAGUUUAAGUAAGAAUAUAGACGAAAAUCCUAGUAGCAUUUUUUCCCCCUUUCUCGGGGUAAAAAUUCGUGGUCAUUUGCUAAAAUUCUGUUAUCGCACAAACUAUUUUCUUGUCU